CUCCCGCCGCUCCUCUGGAUGAUGCCCCUGCUCCAGCUCUGCGCCGGGGCCAGCCUCGGAAGGCUGCAGCCCUACAGGCUCCCAGAGGCAGAGAGGUUCCUUGAGAAAUACGGCUACUUGGAAUCCAGUCAUCCAGGAACACGACCGGUGGUGUUCUCCAAAGCUGUCCGGGAAUUUCAGUGGGUAUCCCACUUGUCUCUCAGUGGUAAGCUGGAUGCUUCCACCGUGCAUCAGAUGAGUCUUCCUCGAUGCGGCGUGAAUGACGCAGGGAGUUUCGCUGCAUGGAAGGAGCGUGUGGAUGUCCUCUUCUUGGGCCAGAGGGCUGAGAAGAAGCGCAGGAAACGGUACUCCCACCAAAGUGGCCAGUGGUACAAACGGCAUCUGACCUACCGGGUGGUGAACUGGCCCUGGUACUUACCCCAGCAGCAGGUCCGUCUGGCGGUGAAAGCGGCUUUUGAGCUCUGGAGCAACGUCUCCUCCUUGGUGUUCUGGGAGGCAACAAGCGACUCUGCAGACAUUCGCCUGACUUUCUUCCAUGGGGAUCACAAUGAUGGAACGGAUAAUGCCUUUGACGGGCCAGGGGGCGCUUUGGCACACGCCUUUUUCCCGCGCCGCGGCGAGGCACAUUUUGACAAUGACGAGAGGUGGUCGCUAGACAGCAGCAAGGGCCGCAACCUCUUUGUGGUGGUGGCGCAUGAGAUUGGGCAUACGCUGGGUUUGGAACAUUCCCCGGUACGCAGUGCGCUGAUGUCGCCGUACUACAAAAAACUGGGCAAGGAUUUUGUCCUCAGCUGGGAUGACGUUCUUGCGAUCCAGAAUUUAUAUGGGAAGCCUUCCUGGGGUUCCACUGUCCAGCUCCCAGGGAAGGUGUUUGCUCGUUUCCAAGACCGGAGCCAAGAUAUUGAAGGCAAGGAGUGGCAGGAAGGAAAUCACAGUGCCCGUUACUGUGGAUCAUUUUUUGAUGCCAUAACUGCAGAUCUGGAUGGCAAUCUUUACAUCUUUAAAGGUGGCUAUUUCUGGACCAUAUCAAAAUUAGGGAACACCACUGGCCCACAGUUACUUCGGACAAAGUGGCCAGGGCUACCAUCCACCAUUGAUGCUGCAGCCUUCUCAGAAGAAGAUGGGAAAUUCUAUUUCUUCAAAGGCGGCAGGUGCUGGCGGUACAGAGGCCCCUCCCUAGAAGCUGGCUUCCCCCAGAAGUGUAGCAGCUCUGGUGAUCUUCCGCGCCACCCUGAUGCGGCUCUCUAUUUCCAGCCUCUCCAUCAUCUGGUUCUUUUCAAAGGCCCCAAAUACUAUGUGGUUGAUGAGGAGACCUUCCAGGUGGAGUCUUACUAUCCCAGGAGCCUGAGAGACUGGGGAGGGGUCCCAGCCAUGGCCAACGGAGCCUUGACUCAUUCGGAUGGCUUUGUCUAUUUCUUUCGAAAUGACCAGUUCUGGAAAUUCAAUCCAGAUAAACUGCAAGUUGUGACAUCUGGGAAAUGGGCCUCUCAGCUGCAGUGGCUUGGCUGCCAGGCUAAGGCCCCAAGUCAAACUGGAGAAUGAUCUUCUGGAGAAACAACAGGCCUGUCAGGGCCCAAAUCCAGAUGUUAUGAAUGGUUUUCUGGGCCAUGUUUGCGUUUGCUCUUCAUUUGGUCUCAAAAGGAUAAAACCAGAAAGGAACUGGAAAGCAUUAAGCUGACUACGGGCUAAACAAAGGAGAAACCCUAGUGAAGCAAAAUGGCUUGUGAAAACAUUACUGUUCAGAACGUGACUUUUAACUGCCAAACAAUUCAGGCAAGGAGGCAGGCGUGACACCCAGUUUCGCUUGGGUUGACUGAAAGAGACCUGGCUGGUGUUUUUUGCCCUCAGCCAGUCAAGGGGACAGGACCAUGGGGCCUCUUCACUUCCACGUUACACCUACUUUUGAAGGCCAGCCUCACUCUAAAAUUCAUCAAAGCCAACUUACAGUAUUUGCCUGUCUUCCAUCUUUGUCCCAGAACCUUGUUGCCAAGUGAUUGGUCAAAAUGGUGGGCUUUCUUUUUAGUGGUAGGCUGCCUUUUGCUAUUAGGCAGGCUGCUACAAAACUACUUGAACUUCUGUCUCAGGAUCUCAGUGUUUCUUGUCACUAUCUGCUGUGUGGAACCAGCUGUCGCGUUUGUCUUGUGGUAACAUUGACUGGGUGGUUGCUUAUCCCGUCUCCUACAAGAUUUGUACUGUUUUUUGAGCUCUUGUCUAUUAUUUAUUAUUCUUACUAUACUUUGAACAAAGGAUUGUGCAUCC